UUGUGAUUCCUCUCUUUCCACCAUUCCCUUGGUUUUAACGAUGGAAUCCAGCGAAAGUGAAGAGUGUCUGGGAAUGGUGCAAUCUCCACCGAGGUUAGGCCUCUGCGAGGUCUGCAACACGGGCCAAGCGAAAUACACGUGCCCCAAGUGCGAGGUCAAGUCGUGCUGCCUCAAGUGCAUCAACAUCCACAAGAAGGAGCUGAGCUGCGACGGCAUCCGGGACCGGACCAAGUACGUCGCGCUGCGUAAGAUGACCAAAAUGGACAUGAUGAGCGAUUACUACUUCCUGGAGGAGGCGACGCGGUUCGUGGACGACCGCAAGCGGGACAAGAUCAAGCGGUUCACGCGGUACAACAAAAACUUGCCUACGCAGCUGUUCCGGCUGCGGUGUGCGGCCAGGGACCGCGGGACGGCCAUUCGGUUUCUGUUGCCUAAUUUUACCCGCAAUCAGCAGAACACGACGCAGCUGAACUUCAAAACGGGAGUGAUUCACUGGCGGCUGGAGUGGAACUUCCCGAACGCGGAAGGGCUCGUCUUCACGGACGAGCGCUGUGACGAGAAUGAGAAGCUGUACGUGCUGAUGAACAAGUAUCUGGAGACCACGAACGGCGUUGACUUUCCUGGGAAAAACAAACUCGAAUUCUACCAGUCUCGUGGGCUGAACCAGCUUAAAGUCCUGCUAAAAGCUGAAGGGAUCAAACGGUCCCGCAAUCGGUUCUUCGAACUCGACCCCAAACACUCCCUCAAGGAGGCCUUCAAGGGCAAAACCAUCGUGGAGUUCCCCUCGCUGUACAUCCUGUUCAAAGAGUCAACCGACGGGUUCGACGUGAUCGAAUCGGACGAGGAUGUCGAGGCGGAAACGAAAAUGUACCAAAAGUUCCUGGACGACAAUUACGGAUAUCACCGGAGGAACCAGCACGUCAAGCAGGAAGGCGAACAGGACGGUUGCUCGAAGGAUGUGCUGGCUGGGAUCGACAAGCUGGAAAUCGCCCGGAAGAGGGAGAUUCGGAGGAAGAAGAGGGAAGCGGCUAGCACGGAGCCGGCGAAUUUGCUGUUUAGUGACGAGAGCUUGUGGAACCAGUACUCGUCGGAUUCGGAGGAUGGACAGGUCACGGAGGAGGAGGACGGGGAGAUGCAGUCGCCGAAGAGGAUGAAGACGGAACGGGAGUGAGGAUGUUGAAUUGAUGUGGUACAUGAAUUUUAUAAUAGGUUUAGUAAAAGUGAAGAAAUAUGCUUGAAAGCAUAGCUUGUGAUUGAAUUUAACAUUAAUAGGGAUUAAGUUUUGUUUGAAAACAACACACUGUUGAUUGUUUGGAUUGAAACGGAAAUACAACAAUUUUAUAACGAA